AUGUCUCAUAAAGCAGCGCUUCAAGCCUCGUUGGAAUCCACAAAAUCCGAGUACAAGAAACUUGGAAAAUGCGGGUUGCGUGUUUCGGUGCCUAUUCUUGGCGCGAUGAGUUUUGGUGAUCCAGGUUGGCAAUCUUGGAUCCUUGAUGAAGAAAAGGGACUCCCGCUUCUCAAAGCAGCGUAUGACCGAGGGCUGAAUACCUGGGACACCGCAAAUAUUUACAGCAACGGGAAAUCUGAAGAGAUCAUCGCCAAAGCUCUGAAGACGUAUAAAAUCCCUCGCGAUAAGGUGGUGAUACUGACCAAAUGCUUUGCAUACAUCGGAGAGGAAUAUUCGUACCAGAAUGAAGCCGAAAUGCCAAAGACGAAAGACUAUGUCAAUCAUGGUGGUCUCUCUCGACAAGCCAUCUUCCAAGCUGUCGACGCAAGCUUGAAACGACUUGACACACCGUACAUUGACUUGCUGCAGAUCCAUCGGUUUGAUAAUGACGUGCCAAUUGAAGAAACCAUGGAGGCUUUGCAUGACUUGGUUCGAUCUGGUAAAGUGAGGUAUAUCGGUGCAAGCUCGGUAAGUUCAGAUUUUGCGAUGAUGCAGCACUCUGCUGAAAUCCAUGGCUGGACCAAAUUUGUCUCCAUGCAGAAUCAUUACAACCUCUUGUACCGUGAAGAGGAGCGUGAGAUGAACAAAUUCUGCGAUUUGACAGGAGUAGGAUUGAUACCUUGGGCACCACUUUGCCGAGGGAUUCUGGCUCGGCCACCCUCUGCAGAUAAGACUGAGCGUUCAUCUCAGGAUCGAUCCAAGACGGGCUACAGUGAUGUCGACAAGCAAAUUGUCAAGCGCGUCCAAGAGGUUGCAGAAAAGCGUGGGUGGAAGAUGAGCCAUGUAGCGCUCGCGUGGAUCAAUAAGAGAAUUGCGAGUCCGAUCAUUGGUUUCAGUUCAGUGGAGAGAAUGGACGAGGCACUGGAGAUCAGGGGCAAAGAAUUGACAGCGGAAGAGGAGAAAUACCUUGAGGAGUUGUAUGAAGCAAGAUCCAUCGAAGGGCAUUCCUGA